AUGCCAGAAGGGAUUUCCGAACGUUGGAUGCCCCUUAACCCCGAUCCAAGGUCGGCAGCCUAUCCUCUGAUGGAAAGUUUUUGGCCCACAGCACUCAUCUCUCUGGCCUACGUAGUCGGUGUCUAUACGUGGAUGAAGGUAGCCGAGCCAAAAUCGAAAAAGAUCUCCGCAAAUGGUCAUUCAAGCAAUGGAAAUGCUGUCAGCAAGAAAGAAGUUGCCAAAGCCUCCUCUUCCUCCUACGACAUUAUUAAAUGCCUUAUGGUUGUGUAUAACAUAGCAAUGAUCUUUUAUUCCGCUUUUCUGGUAAUUGAAGUUAUUGAUCUGCUUCGGAUAACAGGUUACGGUCUUGGCUGCGUCGAAUUCGAUCCAAAAGACGACCCAAUUCAACGGCGGUUUAUUCGAGUGGGCUAUCUAUUCUACUUCUCCAAGUUCUUGGAACUUCUUGAUACUCUAUUUUUCCUCUUAAGGGGCAAAUAUGAUCAAGUCACCUUCCUUCAUGUUUUCCAUCACGGUGCUAUGCCCCCUUCAAUAUGGUGGGGCAUUAAAUACGCUCCAGGUGGCAUCGUAUACAUGUUUCCUCUGGCCAACAGUUUUGUGCAUGUCAUUAUGUACACCUACUACGGCAUGGCAGCUCUGGGACUGUACCGCUACCUCUGGUGGAAAAAGUAUCUCACUGUCCUGCAGAUGGUGCAGUUUUGUAUCUUCAUUGUGCAUCAGGGCCAGGUUUUAACGCCCUUUAACUGGGAGUGUCGCUAUCCCAAGGUCUUUCCUCUCGCCAUCGUCAUAUACGCCGUCAUUUUCCUUGUCCUUUUCUCCAAUUUCUACGUACAGGCCUACUGGCGCAAACGAAGGCUGGCGAAGAGGGUAGACGAGUUGAAUGGAUCCGCCGUUACCAAUGGAAAGAUGAACCAUAAGAAGACGGAGUAG